AUGAUUGACAAUAUAAUUCUUUUAAUAACUGGAACUUUGCAUCAACGACCUAUUAACGAAUUAAUUUCAAAAUGCCAUCCAUUGGGUUCUUUUGAGCAAAUGGAAGCAAUACAUAUUGCUUCAAAUUCUGCUGAACUUUAUAAUGCUGUUCUUGUCGACACACCUUUAGACUUGGACGAAUUGAAUGUUGAGAUUAUUCGAAAUACACUUUACAAGUCUUAUAUUGAAGAUUUUUAUAAUUUUUGUAAAAAACUUGGAGGAAAAACGGCCGAAGUUAUGUGUGAAAUUUUGGCGUUUGAAGCUGAUCGUCGUGCUAUUAUCAUUACAAUAAAUAGUUUUGACACUGAACUUAAUAAAGAUGACCGCGCUAAUUUGUAUCCACGUUGUGGAAAGCUUUAUCCUGAGGGAUUAACUGGACUUGCAAAGCAAGUCAAGCAAGUUUGUGACUACUAUUCUGACUACAAACAACUUUUUGAAAAUAGCGGAAACAAUCCAGGAGAAAAGACUCUUGAAGAUAAAUUUUUUGAACAUGAGGUAAAAUUAAAUGUCCAAGCUUAUUUACAUCAAUUCCAUUUUGGAGUGUUCUAUGCUUUUGUUAAACUGAAGGAGCAAGAAAUGCGUAAUAUUAUUUGGAUUUCUGAGUGUAUUGCACAUCGUCAUCGGGCUAAAAUUGAUAAUUAUAUUCCAAUUAUUUAA